ACAACCAAGCAUGACACGAGAUAACUAUAUAGAAUCUUCCCCCCACAACACCACACCACCACUCAUUCCAACACCAGAGACAGUAUACCGCCCCACUUUCCCUUCGCCAGCAGCACGUCGGGGCAGCUGAAGCCACGUCCGGAGGGAAGGGACGGGCAGUGCUGGGCGAGAACCGGGUGUGAGAGGCUGCGGUUGCUGUGUUGGGAUAUCUUUCUGCUCUGCUGCCAAGGAUCUGACUGUAGUGUUGAUGAACAUUCCAACCUGUCAACUUUACCCUGUCAAGUGAGAAGAAACAAAGAAGAAAAAUACAGCUAAUAAUAACAAUAGGAAGAAGAGGACACAGAUACACGAGAAGCAUCAGUCAAUAAGUCACAAGACACCCUCCCGUUCUUGUCAAUCCGCCGGCAAUCCAGCAAACGUCAACAAACCAUCAUGACUGAGCAAGUAGCGGACAUCGCCUUGAUCGGCCUGGCAGUGAUGGGGCAAAACCUCAUCCUGAACAUGGACGAUCAUGGGUGGGUGGUGUGUGCCUUCAACCGCACCACAGAAAAGGUGGACAGUUUCUUGGCCAAGGAGGCGAAGGGAACGAAGGUGGUGGGCGCUCACUCCUUGCCCGAGAUGGUGGCCAAGCUGAAGAAACCAAGGCGUGUUAUGCUGCUGGUUAAGGCUGGUGCUGCUGUGGACAGUUUCAUUGAGAAGCUGAUCCCUCUACUGGAGAAAGGAGACAUUAUUAUUGAUGGAGGAAACUCUGAAUACCAGGACACCCAGAGGAGAUGUCACCAGUUGGCAGAGAAGGGACUGCUGUAUGUUGGGUCUGGUGUGUCUGGCGGGGAGGAGGGGGCUCGCUACGGUCCCUCACUCAUGCCUGGGGGUCACAAGGAAGCCUGGCCACACAUACAGCCUAUUUUCCAGAGCAUCUGUGCCAAGUCUGGGGACGAGCCAUGCUGUGACUGGGUGGGUGAGGAUGGUGCUGGCCACUACGUCAAAAUGGUGCACAACGGCAUUGAGUACGGCGACAUGCAGCUCAUCUGUGAAGCCUACCACCUUAUGAAGGAUGCCCUGGGGAUGAGCUGUGACAAGAUGAGUGAGGUGUUUGCCGAGUGGAACAAGGGUGAGCUCGACUCCUUCCUCAUUGAGAUCACCGCCAACAUCCUCGCAUUCAAAGACACUGAUGGGGAGGCACUGGUGGAGAAGAUAAGGGACGCAGCUGGCCAGAAGGGAACCGGGAAGUGGACCGCCAUCUCUGGUCUGGACUUUGGCACACCGACAACCCUCAUUGCUGAGUCUGUGUUUGCCCGCUGCCUCUCUGCCCUCAAGGAUGAGCGAGUGAGGGCGAGUGAUGUGCUGAAAGGUCCCUCCAAGUCUACCUACUCUGGAGAUAAGAAGGAGUUUGUGGAGUACAUCAGGAAGGCCCUGUAUGCCAGCAAGAUUGUGUCCUAUGCCCAGGGCUUCAUGCUCUUGAGAGAGGCAGCAGCUAAGUUUGGGUGGAACCUCAACUAUGGAGGAAUUGCCCUCAUGUGGCGUGGUGGCUGCAUCAUCCGCAGUGUGUUCCUGGGCAAGAUCAAGGAUGCCUUUGACACCAACCCUCACCUCACCAACCUGCUCCUUGACGACUUCUUCCGUGAUGCUGUUGGACGCUGCCAGGACGGCUGGAGGGCGGUGGUGGCUCAGAGUGCUCUCCUUGGCAUUCCGUCCCCGGCAUUCAACUCGGCGCUGGCUUUCUAUGAUGGCUAUCGCUCUGCUGUGCUGCCUGCUAACUUAAUCCAGGCCCAGAGAGAUUACUUUGGGGCUCACACAUAUGAACUGGCUGCUUCCCCUGGCAAAUUCCACCACACUAACUGGACCGGCACAGGAGGGGAUGUGUCCGCCACCACCUAUGAUGCCUAGACACAGCCAGGCAACCUUUGAAUAUUCUCUCCCUCCUUGCCCUCUUUCUCCUCCCUCAUGACUCUUAACACUCAUCACACCUGCAACAACUACAUCCCCUCAGCACUCCAACACAUGAGACUAAGCAAAACUGUGUCCCAUUAGGAAAGAAAUCAAAUGUAACACUGUUUAAACUAGGUCCACUUUCAUCCUAUCUUGACAACUGUUUAGGUUUUGCCUUAGUGUGGCCUUAUACAAAUCCAACUACAGACAUUUCUUAAGCUAGUAUUACUACCUAGUUCUCUGGAUUAAAAUUUUACACAUGCUCUCAAAAUUAUUCUGCAGACAACAAACACUACCACUAUGUAAGCACUUGGAUACCUCAAAGUCAUUCUCAUGAAGCUUCUCUAAUACCCUGAGACUUUCCAUAACAGUAAGGUGCUGGCCAGACCUCCCUGGUAAUACUGCCCCAUGGUGCCUCAAGAGGGACUGGCAAGGUGCAAGUUAAGCCUUCCCCCAAUGUUUGCUCGAAGUGAAGAUGAUGUCACCCUUGCUCUCCUUACAUAACUCAGUACCAGGGGAGGAGCAAUAGGUAUAAUAGUAUGAACCCCAGGUGUUUGAAAUACAAAAGUGGAGUGUUAUGUGGCAAAGGGAAAUAAUCUGGUGCAUGUGUGUGCGUGUGUGGUGUGUUAGCAUCUGGUGUGUGUGGAGAAGUACUGUUGUAAGUAUCAGCUGUUGUAUUCCAUAUUCCAGAUCACCUGUGGAAAUAUAUUAGUUAGUGGCAAUAGGGACCUCCAGUGACACACACACACACACACACACACACACACAC